AGCACACCGUUCAGAAAGACCCGCCCACCCGCUUCAUUCCUUAUGAAAGCUGCUAUCAUUAAGCUAGUCUUCUGAGCUCUCAUCACAACAAUUUUUUUUAUAUUUAAUUGUAAAGUCUGUGAAGACGUUUGACGUGUUUUCCUAACUUAAAUUUAGCUUGUCGUCAUUGGCCUUGUCUCCUCCCCUCGGAUCUCCUCAGCCAGGUAUGGCUCACCCCCAGCAGACCACAACACUGCCAACAGCCCCAGAAUCCCCUGCUCUGGGUGUCACCAUCAGCGGCAAUGUUCAGAAAUAUGCCAUGAAGAAGAAGAAGAUCCUGAACACAGAGGAGAACGAGCUGUUCGAGCUGACGCAAGCUGCUGGGAUUGCAGUGGACCAAGAGGUCUUCAAGAUCAUCGUGGAUCUACUAAAAAUGAAUGUGGCCCCACUGGCCGUCUUCCAGACAUUGAAAGCAAUGUGUGCCGGGCAAAGGAUUGCGGACACGUCAGCAUCAGACGUCUCCACAGCGUCGCAAACGGUCACAGCCCCCACCGAGCCCAGAGUAGAGGACUCACUUGUGUCUGGCAAGAGCAGUAAAAUCCCCGCACCUCUCCCCCAGCCCUCUGGCCUGCGGCCGGCGAGAGUAAACACAAAGAUUGUGGUCUACAGCCCGGCCGACGCUUGCCCUCCUCUCUCUCAAGUGCGCAGCAAAGUGGGGCAGGGCCACGUGGAGAAGGGGGGCCGGGACGGGUCCAGCCAGCGGGUGCCCCGCCAGCCCAGCGCCUCCCGCGGCCAGAAGAGCGGGAAGAGCUCAGGAAGCAGCAGCUCAUCAUCACAGCUCACCUCCAGCUGAGGCCGCGCCCACAGCAACGGCUAAACGCUAGAGAUCGGGACGCACUGGCACUAACCCAGAGGGACGUAUCAGGACAGUUUGCAUACGUAACCAUGCUCUCUGCAUUCUUCUAAUCUUGUCUUUUUUUUAAACUCUCUUUUUGUGGUUACUUGGCAAUUGCCUCUGACCCUCCUAUAAAAAUGUGGAAAUUGUAAAGCGGAUUAUAUUAUUUUUUAUUUAUUUGUUUCCAAUAAAUGUGUUUUUAUGGUUAUUUCAGGUUAUGGAGCUGUGAAUUUUGUGCCAGUGUUUCCCCCUCACAGUGUUUCCCCCAGACUGAAACUGAGAUGACCAUAUAAAGGACCCAAUAACAAAUGGGUGGGGUAAUUGGGGCGGGGGUCGGGGGGGGGGAGCUUUUGUGUUGACCUCGGGUCAAGGUAAGAAAUUGUACCAGGGCCACUUUUAGCAUGUGUGUUAAGAAACCAAUAUGAAUGUGCGGGGACAGAUACGACAGUCAUGAUUUAAAAUGAAGAAACAUCAUUACAUAUUCCAACCCUCUCACACAUCAGUAGAACCCUUAAUCGGUUCUUUUUAUGGACUCUUGCGCUCUCUGACCAGGAGCAGCUAACCAGUGACAUUUUGAAUUCCCCAAUAUCUGGAAGAGCUGAAAAAAGACUGUUAGGUUGUCUGAUACAUGGCCAAUGGAACAAGCGCACCUGAAAGGUGCACUUGUUCAGUAAGUUUGGCUUGCAUAGACCUGAAUAACCUUGCAGGAAGUUGUUUGCUGAUAAAGUAUGACGUCAGUGGCCUGAACAUGGGAAAAGGCCAUGCCAGGGCCAGUCUAAAUGAGAAGUGGGAAUCUCGCCUUGCUUAAUGUGUAGUCAAGCUGUCACAUAAAAGCAUUCUGUCUUCUGAUUUGCCUUUUAAAUCUGUUGUCUGGGCAGCACAUGUCGUCUUUAGCACAAAGUAAAUCAAAAUCCCAUGAAUCCACAGGUGAAUUUUCCAGUUCCUUCCCCCUCCCCCCUACUGUAGGUACCCCAUUUUUUCUAUUUCAUUUGUCUUUGAAAUGAAGACAGUGUUCAUUUUCCUUUUUACCCAGGUACAUUACAUUUUCAUGGGAUGUUAGGUGAAGGUUUCCCCCCCUAGUCUUAUUUUAAUAAACGUGGGCGGUCAUGUUAAAAAAAGGUGAAAAGCUUCUCGAGCAGAAUUGCUUGCACCUGUUGACUGUCUCUCACUUAAUUGGGAGGGUUAAUAGGAGAUGCUGCUGUAGGUUAGCUAAGUUCACACACUUUCAGGUCACGCUGCACAAAAUUUCCAGUAAAUGUUUUGAGAUGCUGAAAUAAUUGUUUAUAAGUGCUUCUCAUUCUUUUGGCUAAGAUCAAGCUUUGAAAUGCCCUGUACCUGAAAGUCUUCUAAAAUAAAUCGCCUGAUGCAUUUCCCUUA